AUGGCAUAUCCGACGAACGAUGCCAAGGUUAUGAUGAAGUUUUUGCAGAAACAUGUGUUCACAUGGUUUGGAGCUCCUAGGGCUAUCAUUAGUGAUGAGGGGUCCCAUUUUUUGAACAAAUGGUUGAAAUGGUUACUCGACAAACAUGAAGUGAAGCACAAGGUUGACAUAGCUUACCAUCUGCAGAAAAAUGGCAAGUUGGCAAACAAGGAGAUAAAAGGCAUACACGAGAAGGCCUACAGGACAGCAUACAAGACACCUUUAGGGAUGUCUCCCUAUCGGUUGGUCUUUGGGAAAGCCUAUCAUUUGCCCUUGGAGUUAGAACAUAAAGCUUAUUGGGCUCUCCAAAAGCUCAGUUUGGAUCUUAAGCUUCCCAAAGAGAAACAUAUGCUUCAACUUAACGAGUUAGAAGAAUUCUGA